AGCCUUUUCUUUUCGUUCCGGUAUCGAAGAAGCGAACAUGGCGGCCGAAGGAGAUGUGGAUUUGGAUCUUGAAGCCGAAGAGAACUGCACGGGUAAACCAGCAGAAAAACCUCGGAAACAUGACAGUGGAGCCGCCGACUUGGAAAGGGUUACCGACUAUGCGGAGGAAAAGGAGAUCUCCAGCUCCGAUUUGGAAACGGCCAUGUCAGUGAUUGGAGACCGAAGAUCAAGGGAGCAGAAAGCAAAGCAAGAGAGAGAGAAGGAACUGGCCAAAGUCACCAUCAAGAAGGAGGAUGUAGAACUCAUUAUGGGCGAGAUGGAGAUUCCAAGGAGUGUGGCUGAGCGCAGCUUGAGGGAGCACAUGGGUAAUGUGGUAGAGGCACUGAUUGCUCUGACAAACUGACUGCUGUGAAUACAGACCAGCCAUCAAUGCUUCAGAGCACUGGUUCUGGCGUUCCUGUCAGCAUCAUAACAUCCACACGGAUCCAAGGAAGGACUGCUUUUUCUUUCCAGCGCAGCAUUUAUAUACUACUGGGAUUUCAUUCCUCAUACCUGGCAUAUGGACAAAUCUCUCAUUUGUAAUGUUAUAAAAGGAAAUAAAAUUAAUUUCAAUGGUA